AUGGACAUCAACAGUCCGAUCAAACGACGGAGGACCCGUGACGAUAGGCGGCGAGCAGCGCAUGCCUGCGACCGCUGCCGGAGACUGAAAGAGCGCUGUGAUGGAGGCAUUCCUUGUACGAGGUGUACUCAGCUGCGACGGCAUUGCGAAUUCAAGCUCCAUUUUGCUUCGCCUGCGCCAAUCCGGUCGCCAGAAGUAAACGUUCAAGAAUUGAUAGAGAGGGUGACAUAUCUGGAGAAAAUAUUGCAGCACAAGGUCAAUGGGAUAUCGCUGGAUGUCGACAGUCUGCGGCGGAUGGCCAGGGCCUUGGACGAGGACGAGCACAGGAAGCGAGCUGCCAACCAGGAGGACGAAGACCCUAUCGAGGAGGUCUGCACCAUUGACCCUGUCGAAGAUACGACGACGCACUACUCGGGUCAAUUCUCCUACUGGAACUUCUCAAUGCGAGUCAAGCGCCACAUCUAA